UUGUGACAUCCGUAGGAUAUCAAUAGUAAAUGUUUUAAAUACAAGUGGAAAAUCAUUUAUAGUAAUUUUGUAAUUUUCAAUUAUUUUUGAGUGGCUCAUGAUCAGAAAAUUGUUAUGGCAUUAAAUUCGUCGUCUUCUAAUGACCAUGCAGUCAACAGAGUGGCUGUGUGUUCAGCUAUUUUUGCUGGUUUUGCUUAUGUCGGUUACUCUGUAGCAAAAAAUGCAUUUGGUCGGCGGUUAGGACGAAAACAUGAUGAUGGUUAUCAUGAUGACCAUCGUUUAUAUUUUCGUCGCCUAUCACAAACUACUCAAACUGAUGUAUUACUUGGUAACCUAGAUAAUUCAGAUACCAGCCGUGUAUUCUUAAGACCUAUGACAGUUCAAGAGAGAAUUAAGGAGCUUAAUUUACGAGCUCGAAUGUUUGCUGAUACUAUGAUUGCAAUACAAACACCAUCAAACAAACAUUCACUGUAUGGUCCAAGAAGUUUACAGGCAUCACCGUGGAAUUCACCUAGAAUUAUGAGUCCUGUAGAUGCUCAUCAUAUAUUAGGAAGCCGGUCAACUGAGAAUCUAAGGCUGUGUGAUAACUCCACUUUAGAUUCUUACUUAGGCACUCCAGUAAGAAAAAAGAAUUCUAGUAGAUCAUUGCGGCGAAAGUCACCUCAACCUAGUGAACAUAGAUUAUCUUUAAGUCAACCUAAUCAAGACAUGGAGGAUUUUGAAAAAAUUAACCAACCAUCUUUAUUAAACAGACCAAUGGAAAUUAAUGAAGCUAAAAAUUUACUAAAACUUAUGGGAUCUAGAAAUGUGCAAGUUCUUGAAAAAGUAUUGGUUACUGUUAGUAAUUUGGCCACAUUUACUCCAAAUCAAGAAGUUAUGAGAGAAGCUGGUUACCUAAGUCAAUUACAACAAUUGAUAUAUCACCCCGAAGAAUCUGUUCAAAUUACUGCCCUUGUAGCCCUAGGAAAUUUAGCCUUAAAUAAAAAUAAUGCUAAGGAAAUGAAGGAAACAAUUCCAGUGCUAUUAGCUCUUAUGAAGAUGAUGGAAUCUGAUGAGAUAAUUUAUAAUUGUUUAUCUGCACUUACAAAUAUAGCAGUUUUUCAUAUAUGGCAUAGUGAACUACAACCAGCAAUACAUGCACUUUAUAGUUUAUUGGAAAGUAAAAAUCCUAAAGUUGUACUUCAAUGUUUAAAACUUUUGAUAAAUUUAUCUUGUAAUGAUAAUAUGAUACCUCAUUUAUUAGGUGGUCAGGCUCCAAAAAAAUUGUCAUCUAUGCUUAGUUUGAAUGAAAAUGAAGAUAUUUUACUAAGAUUAGUGACACUAUUUAGCAAUCUAACUGAUGCAGUUAAAGCAAUGGAACUGGAUCCAGUGCUUGAUUUACCUAUAGAAGACAAAGCUGCCGCACCUGAAACUAUCAGGUAUGCCAAUAUUUACGGAGUUAAUGUAGUUGAAAAAAUACGUGCAAAAAGCCUAGUAUUAAUGAAACAACAUAAAAAUGAAGAAAUAAGAAUGAGAGCACAAAAAAUUUAUAAUGCUCUUGCUGAAUAGAUAAAAAAAAAGUGCAAUGUAAACCAUUCCUAAACAUUUUUUUUUAUUUUAAAAACUUUGUUCAUUUAUUUAAGCUGCAACAUAUUUCAAACAAAUGCUUAUUAAGUUUUGGUCUUAUAUCACUAUAUAAUGUAAAAUCAAUAACUUAAAUUAUAAAAAAACAGUUGUUUCUAUUAGCAUUUUUAAAAAUUAUGUUUAGUAUUAUUACGUUAAUUUAAUUUAUAACAUUUUUAGCGUUGUUAGAGUUUUUCGCUCUGGCAAUAUUUUUGGAUUUAGUUCCUAGCUGAUAAUAUGUAGUGCCAUACAUUAUUAACACUUUUUAUUGAAAUCACAUGAUAAUAAAUGUAUAUUUUGUUUAUGACCUAUGUAUUUAAUGAAUUUGUAAUUUGAUAAUUUUUGCCAUAUUAUGUUUUUAAAAACUUCUGUAGUGUUAUAGUAUUUAUUAGUAAAAAAUGUUGUUUUUGUAAUGUUCAUACAUUCCAAUUGUUUAUAAAUUAUUGAAAAAUUUUAAUUUUAGCUUAAAAUAUUUUAUUAUGUGUUAAUGUUACCAUUUUUAAUAUGCUAUCAAAUAUUAACGGAUUUUUGAUGUGCACAGUGUGUCUAAAAGCAUUAUGUUCUUCACUUUCUAACAUCUAUUUGUAAAUAUCUUAUAAAAUUUAAGAUUUGAAAUUGAAAUAAAAUUAUAACAUUUUUAUAUUGAUAUGCAAU